CCAUUGUCGACACCGUACGAAGCCGCCCUGUCCGCUCUGAACGGGCUCAAACAGCUCCGUCGCGGACGACGCUGCUUCAUCGCUGGCGACGCGGCCGCCCUGGCUCGGUGCCAACGUCGUGUCACGUGGGCCGCCCAGGUCGGCGAUCUGCGCAAUUCGCCAUGCGCCUUUAGCGAACAUCGUGCCGCCUCUGCUGCGUGGCUGUCGGCCUCGACAGUUGGAGUCUCGAACCCGGGAGGAGAGCAACGUCUCGCUUGUCUUAUCGGACAAAGCGCAAAUAUAAGGCCCAAGCCGCCUCAGUGACAACACGCUGAGCAGCGAAGUCGCGUCUCAUCAAAUCGCCCCAGUUUCGCCACCUUAUCAGACUCUCUGCGCCCAGUCCGGCCCGACCAUGCCAAUUCAGGUGCUGCGUCCGUCGCCGUCCCCGGCCCCCGAGCCGUGUCUGCAGCGCGCGCUGGCUGACAGCAUCACCCGCUCGGCGCCGCUGGACGAGAUGCGCAUCCUGAUCGCCUGCGGAGCCAAGGUGAACGCGCCGGUGACGCUGGGUCUGCGUCCGCUCCACUACGCCGUGUGGCAGCGCUACCCGGAGGCGGCGCGCUGGCUGCUCACCCGCGGCUGUGACGUCAACGCCGCCGACGACCUGGGCCACACGGCACUGCACCUGUGCGCCGAGAAGGGCUACGCCGAGAUGGUGGCGCUGUUCCUCGAGUUCGGCGCCAGGGUCGAUUUCACGGAGCUGCACGGCGGAGAGGUGGACGAGCCGCUGCGGAUGGCCGUCAAACACGGACACCUGGACAUCGCCCGGAUGUUGCUCCAGCACGGAGCCAACCCGAACGCCACCUACUUCCUGGGGCCCGAGCUGAGCCUGCUGAACCCGCUCGACCUCGAGUGGGCCGAGCUGCUGCUGCAGUUCGGCGCCGACCCGAACGCGCCCGACCGCGCCGGACUCAGUCAGCUGAUGCGCGCCGCCCGGCAGCCCGACGGUCUUCCGGCUGUAAAGUUGUACGUCCAGUACGGUGGUGACGUCAACAGCACGGCCGGAGAGCGGCACGACUUCCGCACGGUGCUGCACUACGCGGUCAUGUCGGGUCAGCGGGACACGGUGCGCUUCCUGGUGCGCAGCGGGGCGCGCGUCAACUAUCCGUGCGACUACGAGAAGCCCACGCCGCUCGACCUGGCCAUCAUCAAAGGGGACGUGGACAUGGUUCGUCUGCUCAUCGAUUUAGGAGCUGACGUGAACGCUCACUCACCCAUCAUCGGCUCGCCGCUGCACGUGGCGUGCUCUGAGUACAUCGAGAACCGCUCCGUGCUGCUGGAGCUACUGCUGGCCGCCGGCGCCGACCCCAAUGUGGUGGUCAAAUCCGAGGACGGGUAUUUCUUACGGCCCGUGCUGGGCGAGUACCUGCAGUCCAACCAGCAGGACCUGUCCAUGGAGGUGAUCCAGCUGCUGCUCCAGCACGGCACCAGGGUCGUUCUGAAGAGCCAGUUCCGGGACCCGAUGGGCCUGCUCAACUCCCUUCCGGACCUGCACGAGCUGGCCGGCCUGUACGAGGUGCUCGCCUCCAGUGCCGACUCUUUCGACCCGCCCAUCCUGCGGCGCAGUCGCGCCCUCUCCGAGCGCCAGCGCGAGCAGCUGCUGCUGCUGGCGCGCGCGCCGCGUCCCCUGCUCGCCCUCACCCGUGACGCCAUCCGGCGGGCGAUGGGCCGCCGGCUGCGGCACGGCGCCGCCCUGCUGGAGCUCCCCAGGGAGCUGCAGCAGUUCCUUCUGUACCAGACGGUGUGAGUGGCCGCCAGCGGAAACUGAGGUUCUGUGCGCGGCCGCCAGGGGCGCUGGGAUCGGGCCGCUGCUGGUCGGCGGGAGGGGCGUUCGUAGGUGAGCCGAGUAGUUAAUCGGGCCACCGUAGAAUUUUUGAUACCGCAUGCUGCCUUAUAUUUAUAUUUUUCUCCUUGACUAUCAGUUGUGGUCGACCAUGACACAUAGUUUCGAUCGAGUGUGAUAUUUAUUUUCAUCGUCCGUAUACGUUAGUCGUGAUAUUUUUAGAUUGUAUAGUUUCUCGGGCUGAUGCGUGCUCAACGAGCGCUCGCCAAUAGCUUAAAGGAAAUAGUUUACAAUAAGCACGUGAAUUGAAACCCUUAAUUUGAAGGAAACAAAAAGUUUUGAUAAAAUCAAAGUUUAUGGUCAUUUUCGACUUAAUGAUUAUCAAUUACAUGAAAUCCAAUGUUGUAUUCAUUGACAUCGAUCAAAUGUUUUCCCCAGAUCCAGACUGAAGCCUUUUGCUUUUUUUGCAUAACUGAUCUAAUCCUGGAAUGGCUAGGUGUUAUCGUGCUGCAGUAAUAAGUGUUUCAAUUCACGUUUUUUUUUGUCUCUUUCGCUACUUAAGGCCGUCCUGAGCCCCGAAAAUUCAGGAUAUUUUAAGAUUGGUUUAUUAGCCAAGUAAUUGUCUUCAGGGUGAACUAUUUCCUUUAUGCUUGUUUACAUGUGGGACAGGAGCGACAUGCUCUCGAACAGUUAGAAUCUCAGUUGUGAUCAGCGCUCUCGGUUUCUGGAGCUGAUUUUUGUUUGUGUUUAUCGGCUGUAUUCGUGACGAAGGGUCCUCCACGAAUGAGCAAUAGUGAUGACUGUGGGGUGGGAUAAUAUUGUGCGUGUUUCUGUCGGGAUAAUUUGUUAGUCAUUAGGUUUUCCUACGUGGGAUCACAGGACAUGAUAUAGAAAACAAACAGUGGAAGCCAGCCCUUACUACUACGUCUAAAAAUACAUUGCAAUAAUUGUAGCAUUUUGCAGGUGUUGCCUGUUGCAACCCUGCCUUUUUAAAAGACAUUCUUCCGUUCUUUUUUUGCAUAGCUGCUAUAUAGUGACGUUUCUGAUUUUGUCCAAAACCAAUCUGCCUUUGCGUGGCUGUAAUGCGCUGAUCAAAUUAGUUAUAUUUUCACGAUUCAGUUGCUGGUGAGCGCACCACUUUGGGCACACCAAUGCUAUCUACCCGUAGUGUGUUGCGCUGUUUCUUACAUUUACCCGUCUGCGCAUUGGGCUGUAGUUCAACACUACCGUCAGAACAUCAUCUGCUGUUACAGAGUUGGAGUCCUGUGCCAUUUUGAGAGCUGUGGUAUUACUUCAGAGUGCAACUUUUGUACGAUCCGUUUAUUUAUUAUCGUUAUUUGUCGAUUAUACAAGGCGGAUGCUUGUGUAACGCUUACAAAUACAUGUGUGAACUAUA